AUGCAGCUGGCAGAUCGAGGCGCCGCAUCCUUUGUAGUGCAAUCGAUGAAGCAGUUCCUGCGGUGCAGCGACAUACAGCAGCAAGGCUGUCUAUUACUAUCUAAGCUCUGCAUUCCGAAGGAGCUUGCGCAACAGUGCUGUCUGCUCGUCAUGAAGUCCAUGGAAGCAUUCCCCGACACAGCGCAGCUGCAGAAGAGCGCAUGUCAAGCUAUCGAAGUUUUAUGGAGGCCCGGCGCGCAGCAACAGUUUCUUCUUACACUUGGAGUUGUGGAUGCCAUCAAGGUGUUGAUGGAGAGACACACCGAACACGCUCUUCAAAUGGUGGCGUUGAACACACUCCAUACCCUGCUCACCAGAACUGUGCAGCAGCAACGGGUUGAGUGGAAUGAUGCCCAAGAACUUGCAGCAAUGCGCUCACUGUUGGGGGCAGUGGAAAGGAAUAACGAGUUCCAGAAUGACCAGAAUCUGGAGUCAAACCACCACCAUUUGCAGUCUCGAGCCUGGCAUGCGAUUCUUGUAGCUUUGAAUCGUGGCAAUGGCACGUCCCAUUUCUUCGCGUGCGGAGGUGCUGCCACAAUCUGCAAGACUCUUCCCGCGUUCAUCGGGCAGAGAAGUCAGAUCCCUUCUGGUCUUUUCCGGGACAAAGAGAAACGCUUGCGCUUGCAGACUGCCGCUAUGGCAGUCUUCCGUGUGGUGUGUACUGACAGGCAUGAGUGGAGGCACGUGAGGCGUGGAGAUGCCGACCUGAUCUUGGAGGCCAUGAGUAUUGACCUGCCCAGCUCCGGCCUUAUCAAGAACUGCUGUGGAGCGCUUGGAGGCCUUGCUGUGCAGCCCCAGUGGCACGAAUGGCUGAACGGCGCAGGCGCUGCUACUCAAGCCUUGCAUGCCCUGCAGGCAUUGAGGGUCAGGGAAUUUUAUGAAGAUGACUCGGAAACAGCAGCGGCAUGUGCAGCAGGGUGA